UUAUAUGUAAAUUUAUAUGUAAAUAUAUUCAAUGUAAUAACAUUAAGCUGUAAAUAUUAUGUGUAUGUGCUAACAAUAUUAAUUUUGUAUUCUUUCAGAAUGUGACUAACAACCACACUAACAAAAAAAAAAAAAAAUCCGCUAUUUAUAGUGUCAAAAUUAAGCUGAAUAAUAAUCAAUUCUUGAUUCCCAGCUUACACCGAUCAACCUCUAAAAGUGUGUCUUCCUUACCACGCGACAUUGGCGAAGUAAAUUGUACCCAGUUGGUACAGCAGCAAGCCAUAAAAUCAAAAAUUGAAUUGAAUUGAAGUGGAACAUUACUUUUCGUAUCUCAUAUAUCUCUUUCCAAUUUACAUCUCGACAGUGACGAGAUAAACCGUGCUUUGGCGUUGGCACAUCUAAAAUCCCAGAAGAAUUUAAUUGAAUACGAUUUUUCAAAUAAUUUUAUAAUUUAUCUCAUAUUACUAGCUGUAAUCAUAAUUUAUUAAUCUAUUAGUACAACAAUCCAGUACUAUAAUAUCUAUAAGAGUGACGUGACCAUCAUCACCUCAGUCUUCAGUCAAGAGAAUCUCAAUCAAAACAAACAAAACAGAAUCAGAAGAAACUAUGCACAGUGGUGAUGAUAAAGUUGUUGUGAAAACUGAAGUAAGCCAUGACUAUGUGCUAUUAGAUGAAACAGUGGAAGUGAAGAUUGAAUAUGAUGAGUGUGCUGCAUCUCAUGGCCAGUGCUCAGUGUCGGAGAGUAACGUUAAGUGUGAACCAAAGUCAUCGGCCAAUGCUUUCCAGGAAGUUCAACCAAGAUAUACACUUUCAAGCUGCGGAGGAUCCAGGAUUUUAGCGUGUGGGAAGCUUGAUCCGGGCAUGGAUUUGUGGGAGAAGUCAAAUCGUUUUGGCUUGAGCACCUUACCCCCACCCCAGGAUCAAGUACUGCCUUCAACCUCCACAGUUGCAGGACAUGUGGCGAAAUUAGAGAAUUUGAAGUGUGAAAAUACUACUUAUGGAUGUACAAUUUGUUUAGAAGAUUUUCUUCAUGAACAAGAUUACUAUGCACAUAUGAAUGUGCAUCUUCAGUACAGCGAUGCUGACAGCGAAUGUGUGAUGUCACAAGUGUGUGAGCCUGCUGCAGCUGCGAGCUCUGGCUGGCACUCGGCGCCCCUCAGUGAGCACAAGCAUGCAGUUCAGAGCCUGGACGAUGACUCUCACUCCUCCAGACACUUGACUCAGCCUUCAGGUGUUCCAAUGUCCAUGAGACCUGCAACCCAAGAAGACGAUACAUUGAAACAAAGUAAACAAAAACUUGGGAAACUGUUUACUUGUGACAUUUGCAGAAAUAUAUUUAAACAGAAAAGGCUCCUAACUAAUCACAUAAAGUGUCACACUGAAAAAAAAAUAUUCACUUGCAAGGUUUGUCAAUACACGUGUACAAACAACGCAAACUUGUUGCGACAUAUGAGAACCCACACUGGUGAAAAGCCAUAUUCUUGUGAGUUGUGCGAUUGUAAAUUUUCUCAAAAACACUGCCUAGUGCGACACAAGCGCACUCACACUGGUGAAAAGCCUUUUGCUUGUGAGUUAUGCGAUUAUAAAUGUGCUGAAAAAAAUAAUCUAGUGCGACACAUGCGCACUCACACUGGUGAAAAGCGAUAUUCAUGCCAGUUAUGUGAGUAUAAAUGUCUAACUAAAGAUAGCCUGCUCUUUCACAUGCGUUCUCACACUGGUGAAAAACCUUUUUCGUGUGAACUAUGCCAGUUCAAAUGUAGUCGAAAAUCUGGCUUAGUGGUACAUAAACGAAAACACGCCGGAGAAAAGAUAUAUUCGUGUGAGUUUUGCGAGUAUAAAUGCAUUUUUAAAAAAAGCCUUGUCCCACACUUGCGUAUUCACACUGGUGAAAAACCAUAUGCUUGUCAAUUAUGCGAGAUGAAAUUUUCGACAAAAAGCAACUUUAAUGUUCAUAUGCGAAAUCACACUGGUGAAAAGCCAUUUUCAUGUACAUUAUGCGAGUUCAAAUGUAUUCGAAAAGUUGGCCUACUGAGUCAUAUUAUGCGUCAACACACUGGUGAGAAGCCAUUUUCAUGUACAAUAUGCGAGUUUAAAUGUACUCGAAAGGAUGGCCUAGUAAAUCACAUGCGUCUACACACCGGUGAAAAGCCAUAUGCAUGCAAGUUGUGCGAGUUCAAAUGUAAUCAAAAACUUAUCCUAGUAUGCCAUAUGAGAACACAUACUGUUGAAAAGUCAUUUUUAUGUGAAUUGUGCGAUUUCAAAUGCACUCGAAAGUCUGGCUUUGUAGAACAUAUACAAAAACACAUAGAAGAAAAGCUAUAUGCAUGUACGUUAUGCAAGUAUAAAUGCACUCAUAAAAAUAAUCUAAUGGCACACAUGCGUACUCACACUGGUGAAAGACCAUAUGCUUGUCAUAUGUGCGAGUUGAAAUUUUCGGCAAAAUAUAACUUAGAUGUUCAUAUGAGAACUCACACUGGUGAAAAGCCAUUUUCAUGUACUUUGUGCGAGUUCAAAUGUAUUCGAAAAGGCGGUCUAAUGCGACACAUGCGAGUACAUCGGUGAAAAGUCUUAGGCUACCAGUUCACCGAAGCGGAGCGAGGCAGCGGAGCUGAGAAACGGAGAAAUAUUAACCAAUAGGAUUGCAGAAAAUCUCCACUCCUCUUAAGUGGACAAGGACUUGCGAGAUAGUUUAAAAAUUCAUAUAAAACCAGUAAUAGGGAUGAUGACAGAUUUUUAAAUUGUAUAUACAUUAAGAGAAUGCUAAUAGUAAAGCAUUUUUGUAAAAGUAACAGGGUAUCUUCGAUCAUUACCUUCGGAGCUACAGGGAUUUAAAGGGUCAGAUUUGCGGCGCUGCCGCGGAUCCCUGAAAAACGCCCCAUACAAAAUGGCACGAACUAAUGACGUUGUAGGUAAUGUAAUGAUCGUUAGAUUUGUAUGGGCGUUCAAACAAAAUUACUAAUAUCUUUGUUAUUUGUGCGUUUAUGUUUAUUAUAAUCCCCAUUGGAGUGGUGAAAUGGAGCGGGGUUAAAAAAAUUAAAUUUAAUGUUUAUUUACUUAACAUUAUUUUUUACAUGAAAAUGGAACCGACUUCAAAGACGUAUUUCAGGUAUUUUGAUUUCAACACAAAAUUACUGAACCGAUUUUCAUGUAAAUUAAAUGACUAAUCUGAAACUAUAUAUACUCUUUCAAACAAAAUUGGUUUAAAAUUACGAAGUUAUGAGGUAACAAACGAUAAAAAAAAUGCGUCUCAUUGAAAACCUAAUUUUUUUUGAAGUCGGCGAAAAAGUGGAUCUCAUGGAUAGUCAACAGUAUACAUUAAUUAUGAUUUACUUAAUAAUCUCUUAACUCUAUCAUAGCGUCAUAUUAAAAUCUCUACAAAAUUAAAAAUCCUACGUUUUAGCCAUAGUAU